CCCGGCCGCGCCGCCCCGUAGCCGCGGGAGAUGCCGGAGCGGCGGGGCGGCCCCGGGGGCGGCGGCGGCGGCGCGGCCCCAUGGAGCCAUGGCGCGGGGGGCGCCGAGCGCGGCGGCGGCAGCGGCGUCGUCCCCAUCGCGGCGGCUGGCGCGGCGGGUCCUGGCUCUGCUGGCGCUGUCGCUCUGCUGCUCCUGCCUCUGCUACCGGCUGCUCCGCUGCGGCCCCGCCGCGCCCCGCGCCCGCUGCCCGCCCGCCCGCAGCGCCGCCGCCAAGAAGCUCCUGCAGCAGCCGCGACCGCGGUGCGGGGCGCCCCCCGCGCAGCCCCCGGCCCGCGGCGCCCCCGCCAACCCCCGCCCCGGCGCCAAGCGGCUGCCCCGGGCCAUCGUGGUGGGCGUCAAGAAGGGCGGGACGCGCGCCGUGCUCGAGUUCAUCCGCGUGCACCCCGACGUGCGCGCCCUGGGCACCGAGCCCCACUUCUUCGACAGGAACUACGACCGCGGGCUGGAGUGGUACAGGAGCCUGAUGCCACGAACGCUCGACAGCCAGAUCACGGUGGAGAAGACCCCCAGCUACUUUGUCACCAAGGAGGCGCCACGGCGGAUCUUCAACAUGUCCCGAGACACAAAGCUGAUCGUGGUGGUGAGGAACCCCGUCACCCGCGCCAUCUCGGACUACACACAGACGCUCUCCAAGAAGCCGGACAUCCCCACCUUCGAGGGGCUGUCCUUCCGCAACCGCAGCCUGGGGCUGGUGGACACGUCCUGGAAUGCUAUCCGCAUCGGGAUGUAUGCCGUGCACCUGGAGAGCUGGCUCCAGUACUUCCCCCUCUCCCAGAUCCACUUUGUCAGUGGGGAGAGGCUCAUCACAGACCCAGCUGGGGAGAUGGGCAAAAUCCAGGACUUCCUGGGCAUCAAACGGGUUAUCACGGACAAGCACUUCUACUUCAACAAGACAAAAGGCUUUCCUUGCCUGAAAAAGUCGGAGAGCAGUGGCUUGCCUCGCUGCUUGGGCAAGUCCAAAGGCAGGACUCACGUGCAGAUUGACCCUGAGGUGAUAGAGCAGCUUCGGGACUUUUAUAGACCUUAUAAUAUCAAAUUCUAUGAAACAGUUGGGCAGGACUUCAGGUGGGAAUAAGCAUCCAGGAGCAGAGCUGCAGUGACGUGAGGCUGCAGUCUUCCAUCAGAGGGGCCCCGGAGAGGCUGGACCGGACCCCACUGCCAGCCCAUCCUGCCCAGAAUCCAUGAGCAGAGGCAGGCAAGGGGCUACCCCGGCUCUCAGGAGUCUGGGAUGAUCCCAGGUGAGCAGAGAGAAGACACAGAGUCCUGCUGCAGCCACUGAGGGAUGAGUGCCAGCAGGCACUGCCUAUCUGGACAGGCCAGCAGUGCUGUGGCUUGAUCCAUGGGGUCCCUGGGGCCACGGCGAUGGCCCCAUCCUGCAGCCUGUGCAUGGACUGCUCCAAGGCACGUCCCUCCUCUGUGUCCCAGAGCAAACAGGGAGCUCCCGGACACCCCCAGCUGCGGGCAGUGGCUGAGGGGCUGUGGGGCCAUGUCCCACCGCGGUGCUGGGGCGGGCAGAGCUCUGGCUGCUCUGCUUUGCCUUCCGUCCCUUGAGCGCAGAGUGUAACCAUGAGGACAGUGAGGUGUGUCUGCUUGAACAAGAAGUCUAUGAAAAAUGUUGUAUCAAUAUUUUGUCCUGUGAAUAAAGCACAGAAUCCUGCUGUUACGGGUACUUAAGUGGCACUAGUGUCCUUGGUCAGCAUGUCACCCCUUUGUGUAAAUAAAGGU